GAAGUCAUAAUGCCUUGAAGGGACAGGUGUGAUACUGAAGGGACAAAUUUUGAAGGGAAUUUACCGGAGAGACUUCCAAGAACGUAACAAAGUCGUUCCAAUUCUUCCUUAUCAGUAAAAUGAAGUGGACUUCAAUAAUGCCACCACACCUGUAUUGUAAUAGGCGUUUGGAGACACCACUUGUUGUCAUGCAUGUAGGGGGAUUGGAUUUUGAAAGCCAGGAGGCUAUAUAAUAGGAACACUGUUCAUCUCAAUCCAUGAUCUGGACCAAAGUCACCUCAAGUUUCUUGAUAGAGGAGAGGAAAUUGUGUCACAGUAGUUCGGGAUUCAUCAUGUCAACGAAGCGAGAUGAUAUUCGGGCGGCUGAAAAGAGAGUUCGAGCAGGGACCAAUUCCUAUACUAUUGCUCGCGAGUGUCUCGUUCAGAUCGACAAUGCUACCAAGUUAAUUCACUUUAACAGGCACAGGACUUACCUGUUAAGUGGAUACCGCGCCGUAUCAUUGGAAUCUGAGGUCAAGCCAGGAGCCAAUGAUUCAGCCCUCUUUGUGAAGACACCAUACUCACUAAGAGGCUCUGUUGGCGUCUUAACCUAUGACCUGUCCCUCUACGGUUCACUCACCACUGGGAAAAUGGCCGUCAUGUUUUUUGUGCCGUUUAACUUAAACUUCUAUGAAAACUGGUUUGCUGUGGGAGUUUUCAGCAUCAAAAUAAAAUGUGAUGAUGAGCUUUACCAUGAGAUGUAUUACAACAACAGCAGUUGUUUUGUGAGAGGGAAAGCCAAAGACGGCACUCUUACCUAUCAACAUGAAGAUUUUGUUAUCGAGGCUUCAAUGUCCGACACCUACACCGCAAUCUUAAAUGUGAAAGUUAAGGAAAAAGUGUAGGCAUGGGUCGAGUUGGUGGAGUGCAAAGUAAAAAAUCGGCACUUUGCCAUUAAUCAAUGAAUCAACGAACAAGUUAUAAACGCUUUAUUUUUUGAUGAUUGUGGUCAUUGUGACAGCUAUCAAAUAUGACUCCAUCUGUACGUCUUGAGUCAAUAAAGUCAUUAUAUGUAUCAACAAUAUGUGAUUGUCAUUAUUAUUGUUAGAUG